GACCUCUUUCUAUGGCUUUAGACAGAUUGCUAGACGUAGAAGGUUUUGAAACUUGUGAAAGGCAAGCGGAAGAUAUCGGGGCUAGUUCUCCAUUUCAUAUAUUUGCCUGGCUCUGGAUUUCCCUGGAUUGGAAAAUGUCACGCGUUGUACUAUUCCUUUUUCUUUUCGAAGCUGCUACCAUUACCAGAACUCAAGACGGCAAACAGCGCCUACAGGAACCUGCAGACAGUCGAAUGUACACCUGGAGACCAUAUCAAUUUUACGUCGUGGGAGACAGCAGCAUACCAGAGAUGGCAGGGAACAAAGCAGUGCCGUAUGCGCAAAGACUACUCAAUAGGAUUAUGCUGGGUAUCAGGAGUAACAAGAGAAAUGGCUGCGUCCCGAGGCUGAAAGUCCUUGGAGCAAAACAGCUGAGUGAAGAAGAGGAAAAGAAGUAUCUUCCAAAAACCACUACACAAAACUCGUGGCCCUGUUUGCAAGUCAAAGAUGACGUCGACGUACGCAAUUUGAUGGAUAUUCAUCCCCACGGGAAGGCAGCGGAUAUUGUCCUUGUAUUGACAAGGCAUGCCUUCUCAGGAAACUAUGACGCAGUGACAUAUGGUGACGAGGAGAAGACCAUGUGCACGGACAGCAAGGCUAUUCUGCUGAAGCUGGCCUCCUAUUAUUUCCACGCCUUCCCAAACAACGUCGUGGUAAAAAUAUUAAAAAAGUUGGGAGUGAAAAAGAUCCCUUUGGUAGGCUCGGACUGCGCUGCCAUGAGAACCUUUUACCAGGAGGCGCUCAGUGGCAAGGAGGACUACGUAUGCUACAACACCGGUUCUUCUCGCUGUAAGCCCGUUACGUACGACGUCCACGAAAACGGCGACUUUCCGCCGUGCGAUACGCAUUUUCAAUGGUGCGUUGACCAGCCACAGGUCGCUGGCCCUCGGACAACAAUGGUCGGGAAUUGCACAAUUGAGUGCCUCAAUGAAAAUGGCCUAAACUAUACAAAGACACUUCCCGACGGAGUACACUGCUCAGACAACAUGGUCUGCAUGUCUUCACAGUGCAAUAUGGGCCACGAUGAAAUGUUAAAGAGCCAAGCUUCUGACUGGGACGACGAAGCCCUGAACGAUUGCUGAUCCACUUGUAUCCACUAUACUAUAAGUAUCCAGUGUAGUUAUCCACUUGUAGCAGCCAUUAUUGCAGAUAUUCUUCUGUAAUAAAAUAACUCUUUGGUUGUUUAA